CAGGUUCGAGUUCAGUUCCAGCUUAUAGCGUUCUGUUCUGUCAAAGUGGCGUUUCGAGACUGUUCAGAGAAACGGUGAAAAUUCAGGGCGAAAGAGGAACAGGAGUGGCCCUUCGCUGAAUUCUUUUAGUCUGUCGUAAUUUACAGCUGGAAGCAAUGGAGGAUUAUCUGCCAAAUGAAUACGAUGUCGUUGUCGUAGGGACAGGUAUGACGGAGUCUAUUGUUGCAGCAGCAGCAAGUAGAAUUGGGAAAAAGGUUCUUCAUUUAGACAGUAAUGAAUAUUAUGGAGGACUAUGGGCAACAUUUAACUUUGAUGGUCUCCAGAAAUGGAUAGACGAUCUGAAAGUUUCUGGAAAUAAUACUAAAAAUGCAUUUAAUCUAGAUUUAAACCCUGAAGAACAAUUUUUAGAAGCUAGUAAUCAAUAUUCUACUGUUGAAAAUAUUGAGGAAACCUGGUAUAUUGUAAAAGAAGCAGAUUUACCAGUAGUUUCUUCAAAGGAUACUCAGACUGAUGGUAAUGGGGAUAACAGUGGUAGCGGGGAUGAGAAAGUAGAUGAUGAUAAAAUUGAAAAGAAAGAGAAUGUAAAACAGUGGAGUAUAGAACGUAUAAAAAAAGAAUACAGAAAAUUUAAUAUUGAUUUGGCUCCAAAGUUGCUAUUUGCGCGUGGUGAAUUAGUCGAGCUCUUGAUUUCGAGUAACAUUGCUCGUUAUGCUGAAUUCCGUGCUGUAUCAAGAGUGGCUACAUUCAUGGAUGGGAAACUAACACAAGUACCUUGUUCAAGAGCUGAUGUAUUUGCUAAUAAAACUGUUAGUGUUGUUGAGAAGAGAAUGCUAAUGCAACUGUUAACUUCAUGCAUGGAGCAAGGAGCUGAUAGUCCUGAAUUUGAUGGAUUCCGUGACAAGACCUUUUUAGAAUAUUUAAACACAAAAAAUUUGACACCGAUUGUGCAGCAUUAUGUUGUUCAAGCAAUUGCUAUGGCCACUGAUAAAACUUCAUGUAGGGAUGGUGUUAAUCGUACAAAGCAUUUUCUCAAUAGUCUUGGACGAUAUGGAAAUACACCUUUUCUUUGGCCUAUGUACGGUAGUGGUGAAUUGCCUCAGUGCUUCUGUAGGUUAUGUGCAGUAUUCGGAGGCGUUUACUGUUUAAAGAGGCAGCUUGAUGGCGUAAUAAUACAUAAGGACAAGUGCAAAGCUAUUAUUAGUGGUAAACAAAGAAUAAGUUUAGAGCAUCUGGUUGUUGGUCAGGGUCAUUUGCCACCAGAGAUUGUUGCUUCUGAAGGAGAACAACGAAUAUCGCGUGGAAUCUUUAUUACAGACAGGUCAAUUAUGCAGGGUGAAAAAGAAAACUUAACACUUUUAUAUUAUCCUCCAGAGGAGCCUGAUCAAGAAUCUGUUACAGUGAUUGAAUUAGGACCAUCUACGAAUGCUUGCCCUCAAGGACUAUUUAUGGUCCACAUGACAUGCAAACGAACAACAAAUGCGAAAGAAGAUUUGUCUUAUGCAGUUAAUAAAUUUUUAAAAGCAGAACCACUUGAUCCAUCAGCUACACGUUCAUCUAUUCAUAGCCAUACGCAGACUGUUUCUCCUGAUAAGAGACACAUUCAGGAGGGUAAAGAAAACAACAAGGAAGAGCCUGUAGAGAGCACAAAGCCUCAGGUUUUGUGGUCAUUAUACUUAAACCUGCCUGCGAGUGAUAUUAAAUUAAAGGAUUCUGCGCCGACUAAUCUUCACCUCUGUUCUGGUCCAGACCUAGACCUUGAUUUCGAUUUCGCUGUCAACCAGGCGAAGAGCAUCUUCAAGGCAAUGUAUCCUGAAGAGGAUUUCCUUCCUCGUGCACCGGAUCCAGAGGAAAUUGUACUUGAAGGGGAAGAAGCACCAGGACCGAAGUUCGAAGGUGAUACAGAGGCUGAAGAGAAACAGGAUAUUGAAAAGGCUGAGAAAGAGGAUUAAAUAAUACCUUUUUCCAUCUUUUCAUCUUGAAAAUACAGGCCAAUUCCGUUAGCCGCACACCUUUUUCUAUUUAAAGUUCUACGCUCCUUUUUAUGUUUGAAAAUUGGAGAACUUUUAUCCGAAUAAUUCACGAACUAAUUUUACGAAGAUGAAUUAUCAUUUAUAUAAGUAAACAGUGAUAAAUAUAUAAUAUAAUUUUAACACUUUGACUGUUGCGCUAAACACAUUGAAAAUUCUAUCAUGCAAUGAUUUUAUUUUUAAUAAAUCUAAUUAUUUUAUUUGUGAUAUUUCUUUCUAUUGUUUGUAUUUCCAAGUACUUAGUCAAGUUGUUUAUAAUUAACAAUUUUCCAUAAAGUAAGUGAUAGAAUUCUAUGGAAAUUCAUGCAUCAUUGUGACAGUCAAAAUGUUCGUUUGAAUGGUUGUAUAAUUAAGUACAUAAGGUAAAAUGAUUUUAUUUAUUUUGAAGUGAGUAUUUCAAGUAUCGUUUUGUCUAGCAGUUUUUGUAGAUGAAACUGUCUACUCGGCAAGAAAUUUUUUUCCUUCUAAAUGAAUAUUGAAGAAAUUGCUCGUAAAUUUUUCGAAUAACAUUCCAAUAGACUAGCGCUGAAGUCUGCAUUACACUCGCUCUUUUAUUGAAUUAUGGACCAAUUGGCCGAAAGCAUUCGCUUUUCUUUCUUUUUUGAUCAAAUUAUUGAUUUAUAUUAACUUCUGAGGAAGCGAAAUAUAGCUUUAUAAUAUAUAAGAGAUUGAAAUUACUACUAAAUGUAGAAUUUUGACUGAAUUAUAUAGGUAGUUUUUGUAAAUUAAUCUCCUAAUAAUCUUGAAUUACGUUUCAAAUUAAUUACAAAUUUUAAACGGAUAAUUUCUUGUUAUGAUUGAGUUUUAACUCAGUAAAGAUGAUCAAGGCCUACUUCAAUAUUGAUUAUAUUUGUGAAGUUCCAUAUUUUCAGAUAUCAGUAGUUCAUCAUUUAUAUUAAUAAAAUUCUGAUUGAUUUUAUAUUGUAUAUGCAAAGACACGUGUACAUCAUUCUAUGUUAACUCUAUUAUACAUCAAUAAUAUAAAAAAAUAUUGUAAUGCCUUUUAUCUAAUGGUUAAUGCCAUUAACCAUUUAGUAUUAUAUAUCGUUAGUGUAUUUAUUACGCAUUGUAUUACAUAGCAUAGUUUAUUCGUUAUAUACUGUUAGUGUAAGAACAAAUUUACACCGUGAAAAACUAA